GCAGCAGCGCGAGCUCUCGCGAGAGCGGCCUCAGCUCUCUCCCAAGAGCAGCGCGGCGGGAGCGCGAGCUCUCGCGACAGCGGGCGCGAUCUCGAAGCCGGCGCUGGGAGGCGGCGAACAUGGCGCGCUCGGGGCCGUCCUGGAGCCGCCUGGACAGGCAGCAGGAGCGGGACGUGCGCGAGCUCGUCCGCAGCGUGGCGGGCCUUCGGGACGAGGCGGACCCCAACUUCCAGCUCUCCCUGCACUUCGCCUGGUCCAACUUCAGAUUUCACCGUUUUUUGGAUGUCAACAGCCACAAAGUAGAAAAGACAAUAGAAGGAAUUUACGAAAAAUUCAUCAUUCAUUCUGAUCUCAGCAAAGCUGCCAGUUGGAAGAGAUUAACUGAAGAGUUUCUCAACGCCUCCCUUCCAAGCAUAAAGGAAGUAAAGACAGAUGCACAUUAUUCAAUACUGUCACUUCUUCUGUGUCUGUCUGAUUCUCCAUCAAACAGCAAUUAUGUGGAAACACCAAGAGAUAAAGAAGUGGAAAAGAAAGAUGAUUUUGACUGGGGAAAAUACUUGAUGGAAGGUGAAGAAGUCGACCUUAGUCCGAAUGUAGACACACCGAAUUGGUCUGAAGAAAGUGAAGGUGAAGAUGACCCACAGCCCUUAAGCAGAGAGGACUCUGGGAUUCAGGUGGAUAGGACGCCGUUAGAAGAACAGGAUCAAAGCAGAAAACCAGGGCCUCGUGUCCUCUGGAGAGAUGAGCCUGACGUCCGAAGCUGGCUGGAACAGCACGUGGUCCGUCAGUACUGGACAGCCCGGUCCUCGAGCUUUCCUCAUAGUUUACAUUUGCACUCCAACUUAGCUGCUGUCUGGGACCAACACUUGUACAGCAGCGACCCGUUAUACGUUCCAGACGACAGAGUUUCUGUCACUGAGACGCAGGUUAUUCGGGAAACCCUAUGGUUGCUUUCUGGGGUAAAAAAGCUAUUUAUAUUUCAGUUGGUAGAUGGGAAGGUAACUGUGAGAAACAACAUUACAGUAACUCACUUGACACAUAGCUGUCUACGGUCGGUGCUGGAGCAGGUGGCAGCGUAUGGCCAGGUCGUGUAUCGGCUCCAGGAGUUCAUCGAUGAAGUCAUGGGGCACAGCUCUGCCAGCACGCUACCUGGGCACAGCUCCGGCCUUCAGAAGCUGCCUGAAGCUCCCUUUAGAACCUACCAGGCUUUCAUGUGGGCCCUGUACAAGUACUUCAUUAGUUUCAAAGAGGAACUUACAGAAAUCGAGAAGUGUAUCAUCAAUAACGACACUACGAUAACUCUUGCAAUAGUAGUGGAGAAGUUGUCACCUCGACUGGCUCAGCUCAAGGUUCUGCACAAAGUGUUUAGUACUGGAGUAGCAGAAGUCCCACCUGACACUCGGAAUGUCGUUCGGGCAUCUCACCUACUUAACACACUGUACAAGGCCAUCCUUGAAUAUGACAGCGUUGGAGAAGCCUCUGAGCAAACCGUCUCCCUGCUGUUCUCUCUCUGGGUGGAGACGGUGCGGCCCUAUCUACAGACGGUGGACGAGUGGAUAGCACACGGGCGCCUGUGCGACGGCGCCAGGGAGUUCAUCAUCCAGAGAAACAAAAACGUUCCAGUAAAUCACAGAGACUUUUGGUAUGCAACUUACACGCUAUACAGUGUAUCGGAAAAGACAGAAAAUGAAGAAAAAAUGAGCGAUAAUGCUAGUGCAAGUUCUGGCAGUGACCAGGGGCCCCCCAGCAGGCAGCACACCAUGGUGUCCUUCCUCAAGCCCGUCCUGAAGCAGAUCAUCAUGGCUGGCAAGUCCAUGCAGCUGCUGAGGAACCUGCGGGUGGCCGAGAGCGCCACAUGCCCGGCCACGGCCAGAGAUGCAGAGAGAAAAAGCUUAUAUACCCUUUUUCUGGAGUCUGUCCAGUCACGUCUUCGGCACGGAGAAGAUGCCAUGGCACAGGCCCUCACUGAGAAGCAGGCGGCCAGAGAGAGCCUGGUGAGGAUGCAGUCCAUCGCUGAAAGGCACCGCGAGCUGGACGAUGUGCACGACCCGCUGCUGGCAGUCAACUUUGCAAGGUUGUACUUGGAACAGAGUGACUUUCACGCGAAAUUUGCUGGUGGAGAUGUGUGUAUGGAUAGGUCAUCUGAAUCUGUGACGUGCCAGACUUUUGAACUCACGCUGAGAUCUUGCCUCUACCCUCAUAUUGACAAGCAGUAUCGAGACUGCUGUGGAAACCUCAUGCAGACGCUGAAAAGAGACUAUAGGUUGGUUGAGUACUUGCAGGCCAUGAGAAAUUUUUUUUUAAUGGAAGGUGGAGAUACCAUGUAUGACUUCUACACAUCAAUUUUUGAUAAAAUAAGAGAAAAGGAAACCUGGCAAAAUGUGUCUUUUCUUAAUGUGCAGCUUCAAGAAGCAGUAGGACAACGUUAUCCUGAAGACAGUUCACGUCUAGCUAUAUCUUUUGAAAAUGUUGACACAGCUAAGAAGAAAGCCCCCGUUCACGUGUUAGAUGGCCUGACGCUGAGCUACAAGGUUCCAUGGCCUGUGGACAUCGUUAUAAGUUUGGAAUGCCAAAAAAUUUAUAAUCAGGUGUUCCUUCUCUUAUUGCAAAUAAAGUGGGCAAAAUACAGUCUGGAUGUUUUACUAUUUGGUGAACUGGCUAGUGCCGCCGAAAAACCGCACUCCAAAGAAGCACUGUUACGUGAGCGGGACACGGCCGCCCCGUUCGGACCACACGAGGAGCCAGUGAGACAGCGGAUUCACCGUAUGUUCCUCCUGAGAGUGAAGCUCAUGCACUUCGUGAACAGCUUGCACAACUACAUCAUGACCAGGAUUCUUCACAGUACAGGGCUGGAGUUUCAACAUCAAAUCGAGGAAGCCAAGGAUUUAGAUCAAUUGAUUAAAAUUCACUACAGAUACUUGUCAACCAUCCAUGAUCGAUGUCUGCUGAGAGAAAAGGUCAGCUUUGUGAAGGAAGCCAUCAUGAAGGUGUUGAACCUGGCGCUGUUAUUUGCGGACGGCUGGCAGGCGGGCCUGGGGGCUUGGCAAAUGGAGUCUAUCGAGAAAAUGGAGUCUGAUUUUAAAAACUGCCAUAUGUUUCUUGUGACCAUUUUAAACAAAGCCGUCUGUAGAGGGUCCUUUCCCCACUUGGAAUCUCUAGCCCUGUCACUCAUGGCCGGCAUGGAACAAAGUUAACUACCUCAGACUCAGUCUUCAUGUAUAUACAUCUCCACUCCAUGUAACCGAGAAGUAAGAAUUGUUUUAUUGAGGUUCAUUUUUAAAACUUGUCUGUCGUCUUGACAUGUGGAUGUGUAGCUGUUUUCUCUGAAGCUUAUUGGAUAGUGUAGGGUUAUGUGUCUAAAAUUCUGUCAAUAAUGAAAAGUGUAUAUAAGCUGUUUAUACUUAAAUUUCCUCCUGCAAGUUAUAGAUUUAUGGUAUUGAUACCUUCAGAUGUGAAUUAUAUCAUUUUUGAACAUGUAAUUGUUAAUAUUAAAAAUAAAUUACAGCACUUAAAAUUU